AUGGUAUUGAUGACUUCUGGUGUUCCACUUUCUUGGUCUGAAACCAAGAAGUACGCUCCCUUUGUCCGUAGAGAAGGAAUAAGGCAGUUUAUUCGUCAGUAUCAUAAGCUUUCCAAGUCGACCGGCGCGGCUUUGUAUUUUGGUGAUGAGAUUGAAUACACCUUAGUCCACAUCGAUCCCAAAACAAAGGCUGCUCGGGUCUUGCUGAUAGCUUCAGAGCUUAUUCCUUAUAUGCAGUGGGAAGAAAAUAAGUUGCCACCUCCCCUAUGGCAUUCCAUUUUAACUGCCGAUUCGAUUCCUAAUUCGGUCCUUUUUGUUGAUAGUGGAAGUCAGAUUGACGUGUUAUGGAGACCUGAGUAUGCAGCAUAUAUGAUUGAAGGGACACCAGGGAAACCAUUUGGCCAUCUACCAGAAUACAUGAAUACAGUUGAGUUCAACAUGCAAAAGCGUCGUGAACAGGUUCAGAAACGCCUACCAGAAAACUGCUAUAUUAUGUGCUUGUCAGCCUUUCCUAGACUUGGUUGUCCUGAUUUCACAUUUCCGCCUGCUCGUCCGACGCCCACAAAAGGAGCCUCUCAAAGCUUAUUUUAUCCAGAUGAAGCAAUCAAUGACUCAAUUCCGCGCUUUGGAGUUCUGACCCGCAACAUACGGGAGCGAAGAGGUUCGAAGGUCGUCAUCAAUGUGCCAAUUUUCCAUGAUAACAGCACACCGAAACCGUUUUUCGAAGACUUCUCCGCUCUUCAUGAUCUGAAUGAUAUUUCGACUUCUGAUGCUCUUCCUGAUCAUGUAUAUAUGGACGCCAUGGGCUUUGGCAUGGGGUGCUGUUGUCUUCAAGUUACUUUCCAAGGCUGUUGUAUAUCAGAGGCGCGCAUGUUGUAUGACCAGUUGACCACAAUAUGCCCUAUGAUGAUGGCCUUAAGCGCAGCGACGCCAGCCAUUAAAGGCUACCUUCUUGACACGGAUUGCCGCUGGGAUAUCGUUUCUGCCUCCGUGGAUGAUCGUACAGAGGAAGAGCGUGGGCUCAAACCACUGAAACACGAUAAGUUCAGGAUUCAGAAAUCAAGGUACGGCUCUGUAUCAGCGUAUAUUUCGCCUGAAGGCGGCUGCUACAACGACACUACCAUUCCAUAUGAUUGCGAGAUCUACGCUGAACUGGAAGCUGCUGGAAUUGACGAUGUCUUGGCCCGGCACAUCGCCCACCUUUUUAUUCGCGAUCCAAUUGCACUGUAUGCCGAAAGACUUCAAUGUCACGAUGAAGAUGAUACUGAUCAUUUUGAGAACAUCCAGUCCACCAAUUGGCAAUCAAUGCGGUUCAAACCACCUCCUCCCGGUACUGAUAUCGGUUGGCGGGUCGAAUUCCGUCCCAUGGAAGUUCAGUUGACAGAUUUCGAGAACGCAGCAUUUGCAACCUUUGUGGUGCUACUUACUCGCACUAUUCUUUCGCUCAAGCUUAACUUCCUUAUUCCGAUCUCCAAGGUGGAGGAGAACAUGAAGAAUGCUGUCAAGCGUGAUGCCGUAAAUCGGGAGAGGUUCCAUUUCAGACGCGGCGACCUUAUUUUUUAUGAUACAGUAAUUUGUCCUCUGUUACCCCUUUCUCAAGGCAAAACGAAGGAAGCGGCUGUUGAGGCCUGCCGCCGUAUUCGGCGUUCGCAGAACUUUAGUGAGGACCACAUUGCCGGAGACUUUUUGAGCUCCAGCUGCUCCUCUCAAGCUUCUAAUGGUGAUCUGUUUGAUUCUCAUAUGGAUGCUGCCGGUGGUAUUCCGAGCGAGUGUGCAUCCACAUGCUCGGUCGAGCCGGACGCGAGCUACACCACUAUGACCAUCAAUGAAAUCAUCAAUGGAAGUGAAACUUUUCCCGGCUUGAUCUCGCUAAUUCGACAAUACCUCAGCAUGAUCGAACUUGAUCCAAACACUGCUUUCUCCAUCCACCAAUAUUUGAGUCUAAUCUCACGCAGAGCUUCAGGCGAGUUGCCAACGACGGCGCGGUGGUUGCGUUACCUAAUCCAACGUCACCCGGACUAUCGUGGCGACUCGGUGGUGUCGGUACGCAUAACAAACGAUCUAGUGGCAGAGUGUCUGGCGGUGUCACGAGGUGAGGCGAACAAAACGGAAAUGUUACUGCAUGGUAUGACGUCGUCGCGCACUCGCAGUCGUCCCUCACAAGCAGCUCUAGCUGCGGAGACCUCACUUAAUAUGAAGCGCGGCGAACAAGGCAGUCGAAACUCCACCAACCUCGCCUAUGCUUCCGUUGGCUGUUCUUACGGCCAUUAUUGA